CGCCAGGGGGCGCCACCUCCACCGCAGCCGCCGCCGCCGCCCCCUUGUUGCGGAGUUCCGCGCGCCGGACGGACUCAGGGCUGCUGUAAAGGUCCCGGUUUAAAGAGAGUGGAAGAAAUACGCUUGACGACCGUGAAGGAGCGGAGGUCCGAACUGCACGGCGUAGAGCGAGCGUGACCUGCGUUUACCCUCCAAGCCAACAGGUGGCAGUAAAGAGCACCCAAGCGGAACAGGCUUGUGGAAGCGCUUUAGUUCAGCUCACCUCCGCAGUGUGUCCAGCUCCUGUCUGCUCCUCCUGAGUGUCGCUGAUCAAUAACGAGGCGAUCAAAUACAAGGCGAUUAAUAACAAGGCUGUCGCCGGAGCUCUGCUGCGUGUGGGGUUCUCGUGCAGCGCGGUGAGAAACAGCCCCGCCCACAGCACCAUGCCUGGUCACCAUAGCAACGGAGGGCGGAGUCCGGCCGCGCACUGAGCGGCGCCGAGCAACGCCAUGCACCAGCUCUUCCGCCUGGUCUUGGGUCAGCGGGACCUGUCUCGCGCCGGCGACCUCUUCUCCCUGGACGACGCCGAGAUCGAGGACUCCCUGUCGGAGGCGCUGGAGGAGAUCGAAGCCAUCGCCAGUUCGCCGGACUAUCUGAGCAAUGACAACGACCAGGCCGUGGUGGAGAUCUGCAUCGCGCGUGUCACCACGGCCAUCCGGGAGACGCGCUCUAUGGAGCGGCACGGCGCCGCCCUGGUGUCGCUCUGGGAGUCGUGCCUGGAGCACAGCCUGCGGGCCGAGGGGAAGGAUGAGGACGCGCCCCACGCCAAGAUCGCCUCCGACAUCACCAGCUGCCUCCUGCAGAACUACGACGAGCCCCCCGUGAUGGCUCUGGCCGUGCCGGUCGCCGUGAAGUUCCUGCGAGGGGGGGACCGAGAGCUGUCCAGGAAUAUGUCCAGUUACCUGUCCCUGGCCGCCAUCGGGAAGGCCGAGCUGCUGGCUGAGCACACCGACGCCAUCGCCCGCGCCGUCCUGGCAGGAAACCACAUGCUACUGCGUGUCCUGCCCUCUGUCUACGGCACUCAGCCGGGGGUCGUCCACCGGCACAUCCAGCACCUGACAGCCUUGUUGUGCCAGGUGGAGCAAGCGGAAGAGCAGCACCUGCUACGGCUGCUACAGAUGGUCGCCAAGGAAGAUCCCCUGAUGUUGAGCUCGUCGGUGCCGCUGCUCGUGGAACACCUGGACGACCCGCGCUUCAACCACACUUUGCUGGCGGUGCUGGUGGGCGUGUCCCAGGCGAGCCCCGCCUCGCUCUCCGCCCACCUGCCUGCGCUCAGGGCCGUUGGGCGGCGUUUUCCUGCCCUCCUGGGUCCCAUCGCCCAGGUCCACGGAGCCGUGGCUCUCGCAGAUGAGGCUCUGGCGCGCAGCUCUCUGACGUCCCUGAUGUGCCUGCUGUCCAGCUCGGAACGCGGCGUCCACCACGGGCUGCUGCAGGAGGUCCGAACCCUCGCCGAGCGCUUCUCCUGCAUCUCGGGCGCCGGAGACGUGAACCGCACGGGCAACAGCUUCACGGGCCUCGGCCGCCUGCCAGGCCGCCACCUGGACACUGGCCCCGCCUCCAGGGACAGGGCAGAGGGCGACGCGCAGGAACCGGGAUCGGGGCCGAGCAGCAGGGGGGGCGGCAGGAUGCUGCGGGGGAACAUGGGGACCUUUGGACAGAGUGUGAGCAAAGACACCCCAGAGCAGCUGGACAGGGAGUCUCCACUGCCACAGCGGACGACCAGCGAAGAGCAUGGGGGGACACACUCCAACAGGUCCAGGAGCCUUGUGCUGCCCGUCCGCUCGGAGGAGGGGAGUGUGGAGCACAGCACCGAGGGGCGACCCGCCGAGGGGUGUGCCGGCGCCCCCCCUCCGCACGGUGAGGACGACUCGGGGCGGGGGGACUGGCUGCGGCUCCACCUGAGGAACAACGAAGAGCGAAUCAGAGCCUUCGCCGAGGAGAUGAGACGACACGUCCCCCCCCCGGAGCGGUGCGUCAUCGAAGACCCCCCCCAGGGUGGCAGCUCUGUGGCCACACUGUCCUUCUCCUGCCCCCUGAAGGGGACCUACUGCCUGUACGCCAAGUCCAGCUUUUCCCUGAGCAGCACUCAGCCGCGUCUCUGGCUCCAGGCUAUGCUGCUCUUCUGCCAGAGCAAGGCCACCGAGCCGCUGUGUUCCGAGGACCCGGCCGUGCGCCCUCUGCGGGCCAUGUGGGAGCAGACGGAGCCGAAGGGGGAGCUGAGCUUCGAAGAGGCCGUCACCCCGCCCACGUUCCCCCACGCGAAGGACGUGGAGAGUCUGCGGCAGCACCUGAAGGAGGUACGCUUCUUCGACCUGUUUGGCUACAGCGAGGAGGCACGCGACUGGCUGUGCUUCAUGUGCAACAACCCUGAGAAGGCCACAGUUGUGAACCAGGACGGCCAGCCACUGAUCGAGGGACAGCUAAAGGAGAAGCAGGUGAGAUGGAGGGUCAUCAAGCGCUGGAAGACCCGCUAUUUCACCCUAGCUGGGAACCAACUACUCUUCUGCAGAGGCAAAUCGAAGGAGGGUGCGGAGGACAGUCCCAUCGAGCUGAGCAAGGUGCAGAGCGUCAAGGCCGUGGCCAGGAAGCGGCGCGACUGCGGCCUCCCGCGCGCCUUCGAGAUCUUCACCGAGAGCCGCUCGUACGUGCUGAAGGCGCAGGACGAACAGCGCGCCCAGGAGUGGCUGCAGUGCAUCAACGUGGCGGUGGCUCAGGCUCAGGCGCGGGAGCGGCAGCAGCAGGAGGCCACCACCUACCUGUGAGCCGGGCCCUACGGAGACCGAUCCACGUUGAGAACCACGCAGCUUCAGGAAGGUAGAGCUAUGACCGGCUCCACAGCACCCCAUCUGGACACGUCCUGCACAGCGAGAGCUACUGGACCCACUUCCCAGCAGAUGUGUCAGGGUGGCCUGUCCCCAAACUGCAUGUCCCUGUGAGACGAGCCGUCCAUCCCGGUGGGCGCAGAGCGAGAGCUUGGACACACACGGGCGAGACGUGACGGGGACAGCCCAGCGCUACGGCAGAAGAGGGGGGUCCAGCUGGUCAGCUACUGCUGAUGAUCUCAACUUCAUACCCCCCUCAACUUGGCACCGUGUAUAGAAAUGCCUUUAUGGCAUGCGGGAUUCUCUCUCUUUCUCCUCAAAAGUGCAGUUUCCUGACAUUUUCUGUGAGCGUGUGGAAGAGCAACUGGUUCUUGCUCAUCACUUGGUGGAGAAGGGUAUACUAUGUUCAUUACCGCACCCAGUCGGCAUCAGCGCGCAAACAAGUGAAAAUGUAGAAAUUUUAACUAGGAAGAAUGAAUUAUGGAUGAAUUAGCCACUGGGCUCCGCAUGGCGGUGUGUAAAGUGGGCUGUUGCUGAGCUCCCAUAUGUGUGCAUCCUUACAGAAACCGUGACCCUUUGCUAAUAACGGGAGGGAUGGGGAGGCCGCAGCUCCGUGUCCCACGGGGAGGGCGAGCAGCCAAAUGCAGCGGCUCCGUCUUUGUCCCGGACACUCGCCGCUCCCGCACACACGUGUCACAGGUGGACAGUAAAACUGACGCUGGGCUCAUGUCCGCGGUUCCCUUGACGCUGAGCCAAAGUGUGUUUGAUGGCCUAAAUGAGGGUGACGCAGCCGUCCUUCCAGUAGCGUCCGGCACCGGGGACACAAACUAACCUCGUUAACCGCUCAUGGACUUUUACUACUAGAUCUCUGCCAGCAUAAACUACUCGAUACUGAGUACCGUGGUAAACUAGUGCAGCCUUAGCUCAUUUAGCAGCGUUCAGCACUUUCCCAGCAUGCUUCGGGGGGAUCGCAACUGCCAGGGUGCCACUGCGCACACUAUCGUGGCCAGUAUGAGCUUCAGAGCUCCACUCCCAUGUUCAGUGUUCACGUUAAAGGGACAUAAUGAGCAACUGUGACAGUUGGGUGAUGCCGGUCCUCAAGGAGCCCUCGGCCACGAGGACAACAGGGCUGCGGGAACGCGCAGGAGUGCGAGGAGUGACUGCGCGGAAACAGGGGAGACACGUGACCUCUGACCCUUUGCUGUGCUCUCUGUGGCAACACUCACUUCUCUCAGUUUAUAGCUAUAACAGCUCACAGUAUUCUCCACUUUCAGGUUUAUUACUUAUGUCCUGUACCAAGCAGGGUCAGCAGGGGGCACAGCGGUCAGAGCUACCACUUUCUAUUCAAAGGACCGAGGUUGGAAUCCCCUCCUGCUGUAGUGCCCUUGAUUGUGGCUGUGUAAAUCGGUAAAUCAGUGUAAACAUGAGUGUCUUACGCCGUAAGUUGCUAUGGGCUCAGGAGUCAGAUAAGUAAAUGCUGUAAAAAUGCAGUGUUGCACAGCUGCUAGAGGGAGGCCCAUGUGCCUCUGCGCUGAUAUCAGGGCUGACAGAAACGGUGAAAACGUCUCGUGUCGAGUGGAAAGUCGCCGAUGCUCCUGUGUCUGUGUCGCCCCCUUGAGGAGCCUUCCUUCAUUACACGUACAGAUGACGCAGCUACAGACGUACAGAGAAAGUGCACUUUGUGACAUCCAGCACCAGGCCCACGUUAUGUUUCUAUUUAUUCACGUCUUCAUUCAUCUCACACUUUUCUACAAGGUGUCAAGCUAAUUACUGCGAUUUAGCUGGUUUACCCAUCGCUGCUAUUGGGGGGCUGGGGGGUAAACAACUGAAACGGGACAUCUGUUCGUAACUCGUUUGUUUCUUUGUAUCUCCCACCACUGUGUCAUAAUCAAUAAAAGCUUAAUAAUACAGAGAUCCCUCAACUAGUUACAGGGUGCAGUUCUGUAAAAAAAA